CCAAAAGGCUAAAACCCACUACAAACAUUACCCACCGGCUACAAUUUUUUUUAACCGUCACACGCUUUUGAAACCAUGUUUCACCCUUUAGUUACCACAGGCGGUUGUUUCAAUCCAACUACUACAACUAUUUUUCAAGUUAUUUCUCCAACCACUGCAACAAUCGACUGCCUAUUAUCGUUACUUAAUCAAAUCUAAUGAAUCAUAACAAGCAUUACAAUAUUAGGAUCCUAUGGCUACUUGUGUUGCUUUUACAAACCACCGAGUCAUUCAGUUGGUUUUUCUCGGGUGGAAAAAUUGAUUCCAGCAAGAAACAUUCACCAGAAAUGUUUCAUGAUACCGUCGGUGAAUUUUCCAUGGAAACAUUCGAUAGCAAAAAAGGAGCGAGUUUGGUCGAAAAGGCAAAGCGAAAGGCUGCUUUGCCUGAUUCUUGUUGGCAAAGUGCGUAUCAAAAUUUGUUUGCAGGAUGCUCCGAGAUUCUAGCAGACGAAGAACAACGGUCUCGGCUCGCUUGGCAUCUUAGUGAUUGCUUUCAAAAGGAUAGUGGGAGGCCUCCUUUUCCGUAUUGCGAUAUAAAAUCCCGCAUGAUUGAUUGUUUUAAAGGGUUAGAUAAGGUGGCUCAUAGCAUUUAUCUUGAGUUUUAUCUUGAGACCAACACCAUCUGCCAUCAGUUACAGACUGGUGCAUUCAAGAGACAAACGGAAAGAUUGGUUAACGAACUCAAAAAAUCCGCUGAAUAUGCAGAGGACAAGUUAGAGAACAUAGAAGAGAAAGCCGAACAUCUAUUGCUCACUUCAGAAAAUAUUCACGGCUCGUUAUCUUCUAUCGAUGAUCAAACACGACAACUGGCUCAAACAUCAAAAGAUGUCGAACAACGUGUUAAUACCGUGUUAGAGCAUUCACAGUCGGUUUACGAACAGUCUCUCAAGAUAUCAGAUUCUCAAAUGGAGCUGCAAAAUGGACAAAUGAAAAUAAACGAACGGAUAGACAAAGGAAUGGCGAUGCUUAACGAAUCUGCUAAUAAGUUGGGUGAAGAAAUGGUUAGUUUAAGGAACGAAGCGGUUGAAAUAGAAAAGGAAAUUGGUAAAGUGGGAGAUGCGAUGUUUAUGAAGAUGAAUAGUUUACAAAGUAAAGCCGAUGAAAUCGAGAACAUAACGGAAACUUCGUUAGAUAGACAAAAGCAACUUCUUGAAAGCCAGAGUUCCGCACUCGAAGUUCUCCGGACCGUCACAAGGUUUCAGUCACAAGCACUAGAAGAAAGCAGGGGAAGUCUGCAACAGUUGAUUACACUUGGUCAAAGUCAACAACAGGAACUCAUACAAAGGCAAGAACAGCUUAAAAAAUCUCAUGAUGAUUUAGUUGAGAAUUCGAAAACUAUAUUAGAUGCUCAGGAUAUAUUCAAGUCAAAGCAAUCAAGCAUGUUUGUCGCAAUUGACAAGCUUUUUACUCUACACAACGCAAUUUUGCUUGAAUCGCGAGUCAUCAAAGCUUUCCUUGUGUAUUCGUUAUUAAUAUUCACUAUUUACAUGUUUACGAGUACAAAACAAACCUACAGUGUGAGAUCCAGGCUAUAUGUAGGGUUAUGUGUGACAUUCUUGAUUGAAUUUAUGGUGCUUCGAUAUGGAAAUGAUAUUGAACGACAAGCGUGGAUGAUAAGCAUUGUUCGGUUAAUAUUUGUGGUUCUCGCGUCAUGUCAACUUUUGUAUGCGAUUUACACAUACAGAGACUAUGAGACAUUGAACCAUGAAAUGCUACAAUCACUUAUUGAGAAGGUUAAUGGAAUGCAAGGAAAGAAACAGUUUUUAUGUGAAGAUGAUGAGGAUAGUGAUGUUGACUGGUCUUCAUGGGUUGACAAAGAUAUAUCUAAUAAUGAAUUGGAAGAUCUCGACUACCGUAUAGCCCCAGAGCAACUCGACAAGGCUUCGAUCAUCCCUAGAGCGUAUAAUCUCCGUAACCGACGCAGACGAUAGCUUAAUUAUCAUUUUAUAAUUAAAUUAAAGAAACAUGUAUGUAUGUAUAUGUCCAUAGAUAUUACAUUAUUACUAAUGAAUUGUGUAUGUAUAUGUCAAAGUCAUUGUUUAUUUUGCAAUAUACCAAUCUGAAAGUCAGUUACCACUAUA